CCUGCGCUGACCCUGUUUUUCCUGUAGCUUUCCCUUCCGGCUCUGCCUGGCAGCAUAUUCCUGCCACCCCAAUUCCCCCUGGCGUAGGCUCCUUGUCGAGAGGGCAGCCGCUGGUCAGGGGACACCAUGGAGAAGCCGGAUCGGGCUGCCGCAGUGGAAGAAGUGGAGGUGGCGGCGCCGAGCUCGGCUGAGAGCAACAGGCAGCAGAAAGCCGAGGCCAAACGGGAAAUCGUCUGGAGAAACGUCGCACUGAUGAGCCUGCUGCAUCUUGGCGCCGUCUACUCGCUGUCUCUGCUCCCCCAGGCUCAGCCGCUAACAUGGCUGUGGGCUUAUUUUUGUUUCAUAGUUACUGCACUCGGAGUGACAGCUGGUGCCCACCGUUUAUGGAGCCACCGAUCUUAUAAAGCAAAACUGCCUCUACGGAUGUUCCUGGCUGCUGCCAAUUCCAUGGCUUUUCAGAAUGACAUCUAUGAGUGGUGCCGAGAUCACCGGGUACAUCAUAAAUACUCAGAGUCCAAUGCUGACCCUCACAAUGCCACCCGUGGAUUCUUCUUUUCUCAUAUUGGCUGGUUAUUCCUUCGGAAACAUCCAGAUGUGGCAGAGAAAGGAAAGAAGCUGGAUGUUAGUGAUCUUCUUGCUGAUCCUGUUGUUGUGUUCCAAAGAAAGUAUUACAAGACCUCUGUUUUAAUCAUGUGUUUCUUCAUGCCAACUUUUAUUCCCUGGUACUUCUGGGGAGAAAAUCUGUGGAAUUCCUAUUUCCUGGCGUCUAUCCUUCGGUACACGAUAUCCCUGAAUGUCACGUGGUUGGUGAACAGUGCUGCUCACAUGUAUGGAAAUAGACCCUAUGACAAAUACAUCAGUCCUAGAGAAAAUCGCUUUGUUACAUUUGGAGCAAUUGGAGAAGGAUUCCACAACUAUCAUCACACGUUUCCAUUCGACUACUCAACAAGUGAGUUUGGUCUACGACUGAACCCAACAACAUGCUUUAUUGAUUUCAUGUGUUGGCUUGGCCUUGCAAGUGACCGAAAGCGAGCUUCUAAGCAGAUGAUUGAAGCACGUAAACUGAGGACUGGGGAUGGCAGCACUUAAAAGAAAAAUGAAGAAAAUCUCAAAGUCCAUAUGAAGAUUUCACUGAAAUUUGCUGUUAUUUUAAUCUGGAAAUAUAGUCAUCAUAUGUCAAGCUUGUGACAAUGACAAUGCAUCUAGCUUUAUUGCAGUUUCAUUUUUUUGCACUUAAUUUUUUCCAGACCAUGCUGGUGGAAGACAUCCUUGCAUAUGUUUAAUAUAUUUCAGAAACUGCAAAAGGCCUACUUAAUCUGCUUGCCAUGCUUUGAUGUAGUGACAGCAGAUGUUCCAUAUAGUCCUGCAGUAUCUGAAGGAGAAAUUGUAUAUCAAUUAAGUUUGCUUUGCCCUCAGAUUUUAAAUUCAGUUAUGAUGAUAAUAUAAUGGAUUAAUGAAACAGGUUAGUGAAAUGAUUCCCCACUCUAGAAAGCUGAUGCAGUAGCCCUCAACAUAAUUUCAUAGUGGUGGUCUUGAAAGGGAUAAACUGCAUGAAUUUGUUUUAAUAUUAAUGCCAGUAAAGUUGCUAAUUUCACAUAUAUAUUUUAGUUUAUUUAAAUCCAUGUAAACUUCAUACUGGAAAGUAGUUACUGAGGGGUAAGUGAAGGGCGUUGAAAUUUGGGUACAUGCAUAAAGGGUUGUUAAGAGUCUUUGUAUAACUUGAAACAAAACAGUUUUAUUCAAUUCUGGUAAGGUGAUGUAAUGGAAGAUUAAUUCUUAGGUACCUCUUGUAUGACAAAGGAGAAUUGUUAGUUGGGGGAAAAGGAAUCUUUGAGGUUUAUUGGAUAUGGCACAUAUGUGUUCAGGGAAAAUACUCUCAGCUUUUCGAUCUUUUUUGAAACCAAAUCAUGUAAGAUAAAUAUGAUUUGCAGAGUUGGACCUUGUGCAUAUAUGAACAUAUGAAUCAAGAUUGGUAGCAGACUACUUUCUCACUGGCAAAGUGUAACUGCAGAAUAUGUGGUAUUUUGGAUACUUGGAGUAAAGCUUAAAGAAGAUUUGGUUUUUAGAACGUUUCCUAAUUAAGUUAAAGUAUUCUAAUCUUUUGGCUGCUCUAUUCUUUGCUGUUUAUUAAAAUUACAUUUUUAUUUAUUUGGUUAUGGUUGGGAGCAAUUAUGUAAAGGAGAUGAAAUUUUAAAAUCAAAGUUGUUAAAACAUUUUGAGGAGAAUAGCAAUCAGGAAGAGUUAUUAAUUCAGAAACACAGAAAACUGUUUAGGCAGGUAAUAUGUACACCUCAUACACAUGUGCCACUGUUGACAGUGAGCUCCAGGCAAUGUUUUAUUGGUUCAAAGACUAUCUCAACUCAACUUGUGCCUCUAAUGUUAGAAUUCUUUAAAGGAAAUGUCUUCUAUUUGUUAUCAUCGUGAUUGCUGCCAAUCAUACUAUGUGUAUGAGAAGGAGGGAGGUUCUGGUAUGCUAGGGGCACAAACACAUGAUGAUGUGAAAUAAAUAAAUCAUUCAGUAAAAUCUUACAAUAUAACAGCAACUUGACAUCUAUCCAACCCUAUCCUUCUGCGGUCUCAAAGGACCGUUGAACAGUGAGUCAAUAUCGAGAUUAUAGAUGAAAUCUUCCCUUCAGUAGUAUGACGACAGUAAUGGCGAGUGUGGUGACAAAAUAGGGUGACAAUGAAACAAUUAAAUCCUUCACCUCAAGAAGGGUUUUUCUGAUUUUUCCGUCAAGCCUCGAGUGGCAACAUCAGAAUUUCAUCCUUGAGCCACGGCUACCUUAUUUCCAUGCAUUUGCGUGUGAUUAAAGCCCCAACUCACUCUAUUUAUAUCACACCUAAUUCUCCACUCCUGCUAAUUGCCUGUCCUGGCCAUCAUGCUGCUGCAACCUCUGCACAACAUCAGUGCAUCAUACCCGCAACACCACAAUGUUUCCUGACUCUUCAUCUCAGAACUCUGCCAUGACAAAUCAUUAGCCCUACCACAUCCAGCAUGCCUGCUUGUGGACUAACUCUGCCACAAACCACUUUCAGGCCUUUUUGGAGUUGACAAACACCUGCAUCUUGCAUGCUUCUCCAGAUCACUUUAUGCUCAGGGACGUCUGUGUAUCUUUUGCAUCUAUAUGGGGUGCUUUUGCGCUGGUGUGAACACGUAAGCAUCUUAUGGCUGUUAGUUUUCUGGGUGCUGGCUGACUUUAGUACCUACUUGACACUGCCAGCCUUUGUGGGGUCGCAUUGCUUUCUUAGCACAGAGUGAAAAGACCUUUGAGUGCUCACUUACAGGCUGCCAACCUCUGCAGUUUACCUUGGUUUUCAGCGUAGAGAGAGAGAAACAGCUUGUGUUAUUGCGGAGCACUGAAGAGUAAAUGUUUCAGUCAUGUUACAGUAUGGCACCAUGCUACAUCAACAUCAGAGCUGCAGCAUGAGCCAGCUGCUUAAACGCCAAACAUACUCCAUGUGCAUGUAAAUGGCGAUUUGUGAAAAUCUAUGGAGAAGAGUCCUUAGUUGGGUGAAGGGGGACUACUGUCACUAAGGGGAUACCCUCCAAGUCAUAUACCAUCAGUUAAGGGUCUUAUCCAAUUACCAUAGGGUAUUGACCAUGGUGAAUCAUGCAAGUCAAGUGCAACCAGUUCGGGGAUUACAGGUAGGUCUGUCAGGUGCAGUUGAGGCAUCAGUCUUGGGAGGGAGGGUGGUAAGACAAUUUUACCUCCACUGUGGCAAAAAGAGGGAUAGGGUGUAAUUGAAGUGAUUGCAACCACAGUUAGUGGUCAUGCAUGCACAGAAGAACUAGUGAAGUAAUCUUAAGUGAAUGAGUAGGAAACAUCAAGAGCAGAAAGCAUUAUUAGUCUGGGAGGAUGAGGUGGUGAGAGCCCUUGAGUAAGCAUGAUGCAUCCAAAGCUUAGAACUGUUGUUCAUCGGCCUUGGUGAGAUGCAUGCGCAAUGUUAGACUGUGUGCUGGCCCUUGCGUGUGAAAUAGCAGAGAGAAAAUGGUGCUACUUACUUGUAUGAAGUUCAGGAGAUCAUUGACCCUCUUGAAGCAUUGCUGAGCAUCCCUUUUCUCACAGGACACAGCACUGACCCAUGCUGCAAUUUCUUUCCAGGCUGGCUGAGUGUAUUGGCAUGGUCUCCUUUGGCUGUCAACAGAGAAAGGGAGCCCUCUAGCACUCCAUCCACCAGCACCUCCAUAUUUCUGUCCUGGAAACAGGGAGCUAGCUUGCCUUUCCUCUUAGAUAAUUUGAGAUUAAGUAGAGUUAAGCUGCGCUGUUUAAGAGGUAGUUCUAGGUUUGUGGCAUCUGAAGUGGAGUGUAGCUGAGCUUUAAAUAAUGAAUCUGAGGCAUGCAGCCUGAAAGAUCUUGCACCUUCGCCUCACUUGCCCACACUGUUUUCUUGAGAAGCCUGGUGAACAGCUCAGAAGCGUAAUUACUAAGGUGAAAAGCAAAAGAUCACAUGAGACCUUAUAGAACCUUUGUUCUAUAUAUUGUGAUGUGUUAUAUGUUUUAUUUAUGGAUUAGAUAGUAUAUCUACUGUUAUCUAUCAUUAUUCUUCAUUAAUAAUAAUGCAAUAAAUUACCUAGAAUAUUUUCUUUUCAUACCUGAAUAAACCAAAGUCUGAUCUUGCAAUUGCUUAUGGAUUUGACCACAGUUAAAUAAAUUAAAAAUACGGUAGAGUAGAAGAAAAGUUCAUCAGUCAAAUUUCAAGGACACAUUUAUAAAACUGACCACAAUUUAGAUUAUAAUUAGCAUGAGUCUUAUGAUCUAUAACAGACAACAUUACACAGUGACAGAUUAACUGAAAAGAUGAUCUGUGUAUUCAGUUCCGGUAACCAGCACAUGGCUAAAUUGCCUGCUUACUAAAAGGAGAAUAUUUAGAGAGAGUUUACAGCACCAUUCUUCUGUGUCACCUAGUUGUCUAUAAAAGAAUAAUACUUGGACUGAGAUGGCUGUGGUAUAUUUUGUCUAUAAUUGGUGCCUGAUCUUGGAACCUAGUAACGGGAAAGGGAGUAUAAAGUAUUUUGACUGAAUAGCUCAGUGGGUUUUUUCUCAGUGAUUAGUUGAAUCAUUCAGACCAGGAGGAUCCCAAGUUUGAAUUAUAUUGUGUUGAGUUAGCUGAUUUCAAACAAAGUGAGUGCACUCUGCUGACCUCAGUGUGUGCAUUAUAGGGGGGAUAAAAUCAGCCUUUAUUCCUGCUCCUAUUUGCUAUCCUGUGAUCCUUAUUGAAAGUGCAGUAAGUGGACAUCAGGUGUUGGCCUGCACUGUGAUGUUCCCAAGGCCAAAUAACUUGCAGGAAUCACUAACAUAGCUCACACACUAAUAUAUAUUUAUGGCAGAAUAUUCUCUAAGUUAUUCAAAUGGCUCAUCAGUCAGCCACUUCAGUGAUAUCAAUGUUUUUUUUGUCCUUUUAUCAUCUCUGGCCACCCUCAAUGUAUUUGACAUUUUGGGUUUUCAUUGGAUGCCAACAAACCAUAUUUGCAAAUACUAAAUGCUCAUAGUAUCUUGUUCUUUUGAAGAUUUUGCAAUGAAUAUGUUUGGACCCUCUCUACAAAAUUCUCAAACAGGAGUUUGUUUAUAGAGUUGAAUGCUAUUCACUUGGUUCAGUUGAAUGAGUUUUGUAUGAAUGCCAAAACCUAACUUGAAUCCUGUCAUCAUUGUUCUGUUGGUUUACUGAUCCUGAUACCAAACUGCUGUCUUGGUGAGUGGUGGUAUGUGUGGUGACUACUGACGGCGGUCAAAGAGUAAUUUAUCACACUACCUGCUAUUCGUAGUGAGAAAUGUAUAUAGUGAAGGCCUUAUUGUAGCUGGAGGUAAUAUAAAUAGUUGAUAAACAAUGCCAAUUGCAGAUUACUCUAUAGCCAAGACCAUUCCUCUUCUUGGCGAUGGUAAGUGUGAAAAUGUGUUAGUGAAUUAUAAUUUUUUCAUUACAAAUUUUCUUUCAUAUGUAUUUUUGCACCUCUAAUUUUGGCUGAUUUGUACAGUACAGUCUGAGAAAUGUCAAUUCUGUAGCGUAUUCUUUAUUUGCAGUACUAAUGAAAUGAAUUGUAAAGAUGUUUAAUUUUUAUGGUAUUGAUAUAAUUUUACUUAUAAAUGAGGAUACUGUCCUUAUGCAUAAUAUGCCACCUGUUUGGAAAAGAGUCUCAUUCUGUGAACUUGUAUCCAACUCUAGUUUACAGGAACUGAUAAAUAAUUAAAUAUCAAUCUGUAAAUAAAUGUGCUUUGCAUAAUUUAAUUCAGUAAGGAGACCUAUCUAAUUGAAACUUGAUCAGUGUUCCUAAUGUUAGAUCUCAGCUAUAAACCCACACUGGUAAUCCUUUUGAGUUUUAAUAUUUUGGUGUAUUUCCCACUAAACACCAGUUUCCAAAUAAUGAGAGAAGAUAAAUAAGAAUGAAAACAAAUAUGCACAUUGAGUUGGCUGUGAAGUGACUCCAGAUGCACUGCUCUACUCAACCCUAUGGAAUGUAGGUGAACUAACAGAAUUAAGAAACAAUUUAGCAAAGUCACACAAACCCAUUAGGUUUGAUUUAGUCAGUUGAGAUGAGGUAGUGUUUCUGUUACAAGCAAUCAAGUAUUAUUUCUUCUUAUUUCUUUGUAUGAGCAAAAUGCCCAUAAAUCUCCGAGUAAAACAAGGUAUUCUUUGAAACAAAUGCAAGCCUAUGCAAUAUAAGGAAACAUCUUGAAAAUUAUUCCCAUCUAUUUAUUACAUAGUUUGCUGUAUUGCCCCCUAACCUACUCUGUCCUUACCACCCUAAACCCCAGUAGUAGUGUUGAGAAAGUUGGUGUACUAGCCACACCUGUCCAGAAACCUGUGCUGUUGACCUGUAAGUGAAAUAACUUGGCCAAACUCUGAGUAAAAUCAGAAGCAGCUUUCUCAUAUGUGUUCAUAGAAGAAUAUACCAGAUAAUGUAUUUAUGUAUUUUUAUUCAUCACCAUAAUCACGAUGUUGGGCUUGUAAAGAUCAUGGAAGGCACUAGCGCACUUUUAAGACAAUCCUUUUUUUGGAAUUUGGCCUGUGAAAAUUGAAAUAAAAUGAAAACAAAGACGAGAAACAACCUGUAUUUUGACCAGUUUAUUACUGCAAAUAUUGUUUGCAUAAUUCAAAAUGUAAUGCUCUCUCAUUAAGCUAAAUAUCGAGUUUGAAAAAGGUUUAAAAUAAAUGCUGCUAAAUUUGUCUUGUUGUUGUUAGUUGUAAUUAUCAACAUUCUGACCACUGUAAUAAAGAGAUUCGCUUUAUUUGAAAA